AUGGCAGAGGACUCGAUUAAAGUGGCCAUCCGGCUACGGCCGUUCAAUACGCGGGAAAAGAAACAACCUGGUGGGCCGAAGCUUGUUAUUGGAAUGGAAGGACCGAAUCUUGUUAUAAGCGAACCUUCAAAAAGGGACAAGGUGUUCAAAUUCGAUCAUUGUUUAUGGUCGCAUGAUGGAUUUAAAGAACAGCAAGGGGGAUAUUUUGCUCCAUCAGGAUUUAAGUCAAAAUAUGCCGAUCAAAACUAUGUUUAUAAAGAAUUGGGAGCACCCCUUCUCGAAAAUGCUUUGAAAGGAUUUAAUUGUGCGAUCUUUGCUUAUGGUCAAACUGGAUCAGGAAAGUCAUACUCGAUCUUCGGAAAUGAGAAAAAUAAGGGCAUCAUUCCUAUGAUCAUAAAUAACUUAUAUGAACAUAUAAACAAAACGCGAUCAACUGGUGCUAUCGAUUUCUCUGUUCGUGUAACGAUGCUUGAAAUAUACAAUGAAGAAGUUCGCGAUUUACUUUCUAAAUCAGGGGAAAAGAAGAAAUUACAAAUACGGGAGAAUAAGAAAGAAUUCUUUGUUCCAGGUCUUCAAGACAAACCAGUUUUUUCAUACGCUGAUGUUGAUUCGUGGCUAAAAAUUGGCGAAAAAAACAGAACAAUUGGAGCGACAAAAAUGAAUGAAACAUCCAGUCGCGCGCAUACUAUUUUUACGAUAAAAAUAACCCAAAAUGUGGUAGAAAGCGGAGACGUAAAGAAUUCAGAAAUGGUUUUGGUUGAUCUUGCUGGCUCUGAACGCACUGGGAAAGCUGAAACUACAGGAAUUCGACAAAAAGAAGGAAUAGGCAUCAAUAAAUCACUAACAACUCUUGGCUUAGUAUUUCAAAGCUUAUACGAUAUGCAGAAAGGUAAACCAAAUGUCGUGAUUCCUUGGCGUGAUUCUUCCUUAACAAAACUUCUGAAAAAAGCGCUUUCUGGAAACUCUAAAACUGUUAUGGUUGCCGCGAUUUCACCAGAUUUUAAUAAUUAUGAAGAAACAAUGAGCACACUCUGGUACGCUGAUAAAGUAAAAUCAUUAAAAACAAAAGCUGUUGUGAAUGUUCAAACCAGUCACCGUGCUGUUGAUGAAUUAGAACGAGAGCUUGCGCGGCUAAGACAAGAACAAGCAAAUCAGCCGAAGAUAGUUGAGGAGCAAAUCAUUAACCUAUCCGACGAGGAAAGAAAAGAGCUUGAGGAUGAAAUCGAACGUCAGCGACAAGAGCUAGAAACACAGAUUAAAAACACAGAAGCACGAAUUAACGACCUAACUUCAGACUAUGAAAAACGGCUCAAAAAUCAUCGAGCUGAGUCUGAGGCAAGAAUCAAAGAGCUUGCCGACUUUGAACAGAAAAAACGCACGGAACCACACUUAUGGAAUCUUGCUAAAGACAGCAGAGAGACCGGAAAUAUUGUUUAUUUUUUACAUCGAGGAGUUACAAUGGGUGGAUCACAAGAUAAUAGCGGAAUUCAACUAAAGUUUCCCGGAAUUCGACCUCAGCAUAUACGAAUUACAAAUACAAAGAACAAGCUCAUCACUUUAGAAUUCACUCAACAAGGACAACAAUCAAGAUUUCCUGUCCAUAUCAAUGGCAAGUCAGUUUCAACCAAAGUCAAGCACACUUUGUAUCAUGGUGAUCAGAUCUCUUUUGGAAUGGCACUUGUUUUCGUUCUUCAUCACCCUCAAGACCUUGCCACAAGGAUUGAAGAAGGAGAAAAUGCAAAUCGUGAACAUAAAAGCUAUGAUGAAAUCAUGGAGGAAAUCGCGGACUUUGGAGAACAGAUAGAGAAGAAUAAACAAACAAUUGCUGACAGCAAUGAGAGAAUUCAACUUAUGCAACAAGUUGCGAAGGCUAAUUUUAUCGGUCGAGAAUUGUUCAAAAAUGUCUUCUACGAAAUUGUCUACCCAUCAAAAAAAUUAACUGAUAAUCCACAUUGUGGCAUCAAAAAAACAUAUAUCUAUGCACAAAAUGAUGAUGGAGUUGGCUACUACCUCGAAAAAGAGAAGUUCGAAGAUAAUUUUGAGCACAUGGAAGAAAUGUACACUGAUUUUCAAGAAGGAAAAGAUGUCGACCUUGAGCCUGGAACGGAUCCCUUCGUGAAAGAUAGCCUUGCUUGUAAUCUUGUGGGCAUGGCUUCUAUCAAAUUAAACCCGAUCGGAUAUGUUGGUGAAAAGUGGCAGUCGAUAAAAAUUAAAAAUCUUUCCGGCGAAGACCUCGGAAUCGGAGGAGUGAAGCAUGGACCAUGCGAUGAAGUCGGAAACAGACAGGAUGUUUUCCGAGGCCACGUGAAUUAUAGUGUUGAGUUCAAUAAACUUCGAUUCUCAAAGCUCAAGCCUAAAACAACGGAAAUUCGAUUUGUUCUUCUUGACAAGGAAGAGAGAAAAACGAGGCCGAAGGCAAAGGAAAUUCCUGACUUUGAAGGUGAUAAGAAAAUAGUACCUCUUGGUCCAGAAACAAAAAACCUGAGAGAUCAACUUGCAGGAGGUACUCUUUGGAUCCAGGUUCAUGGAAUUAUCAAAGGAAGAGAAAGACUUGGCCGUGAGAUGACUGGGUUGGAAGAACCUCAGGUUGAUGAAGAAAAGGAAAACAUGAGAGUACUUCUUGAAGAGUUGAAAAUAAAAAUUUCUGAUCAAGAUGGGCAAAUAAAUGAUCAGCAGAAAAUAAUUGAAGAUCAGAAACGUUCACAAGAAGAACAACAGCGGCGCAUGAAUGAUCAACAGAGAAUGCUCGACGAGCUGCUAACUGGACAAAAGAAAAUGAUGGAGGCUAUUGAACGCGAAAAAGCUAACCCACCAUCUCCACCGAAAAACUAUGAUUCUAAAUUUGAAGCUAUUAAUAAAAGGCUUGAUGAUAUCCCUCGUCAGCAAGCAAGUAUUACCAAUUUCAACCAAACGAUCAUUAAUCGAAUGCACCAGGACAAUAGAUACAUCCACAACAAGUUAAACUUUCUCAUUCAAGACCAAAAAAUUUCAGUGGCAAUGCGUAACGAUGUGACUCGAUUCAUUUCAAGUACUCGAGGAUGCCUUCAAUGGCUGAACCCUGAAUUCUUCCGAAAAUUGAUGCAGGAGAUUUUGAUGAUCCACGCUAAGGUCGACAAGUUGCUCAAGUGCGCUUGCAAAUGUGAUGAAAAAGAAAUCAAAGAAGUGGUCGCUGCGAUCAACGGAUUCACUUUUCCAGAUAUUGAUUCAACAGAAUCAAUUGUUCUAGAGACACCGACGGUGGAAAACGAAGUGAAGACUGACCAAGAGAAGCUGAAAAUACAGAUUAAUCAAGCAAAUGGAUACGAGCAAAUGUCAUAUGAAGAACUUCGUCGAGCGCAAGAAUCAGGUCAUUCUGAAGUAACAACUGGCUUUACGACUUAUGAGCAAAUUCCAAAUCCAACUCCUCGUCCAAAGAGUGCAAAAAAGGCAACGACUCAUAAAGAGCCACAAAAAGCUUCGCCAAAAACGAAACCACUUGCGAUCGAAACUGUACCAGAUGAAUCUCUUUCAAAAAUAACUCCUGCUUACGAAAACAUACCUCAGAGGCCUUCUUCGACGAAAUCUUCUGAAAGCUCCCCGCCAAAAGAUCCUUCGACUAAGGACAAAAAGGAAGACAAGAAGUCAAAGAAGAGCGACCCAACUAAAGAAUCAAAGAAGAAGCCAAAAAGCGCCAGCAAAGAAAAAGACCUCCGAAGUUCUACUCGUGCCGUUUCCCCUCCCCCAAAUCCUCCUCUUUCUACUGAUCAACAAAAUCCUCAAUCAGAAGCCUGUGCUAUUAUGUAA